AUGAAAAAAUUCAAUGAACAGCAGUUUUUACAAGACCUAGGAACUCAAACAUGGGAACAUGUCUAUUUUUUUGCAGACAAUCCUGACACUAUGUGGGAAAUUUGGAAACAACUUUUCUUACAAGUCCUAGAUAAACAUGCCCCCAAUGAAAACAAAAAAACAAAAUCUAAAAAAAAUCCUUGGAUUACUAGUCAUAUAAAAAAAUUAAUAAUUGCAAGAGAUAAUUUGAAAAGAAAAGCAAUUAUCACUAAACUUGAAACAGAUUGGGAUAACUAUAAAAAAGCCAGAAAUGAAACAAACAAUCUUCUAAGACAAACCAAAAAGGAAUAUUAUUCCAAUAAAAUAGCGACUGAAAAGCAAGAUCCAAAAGCUGCUUGGAAGACAAUUAAUACCUUACUUG